AUGCAAAAUUAAUUCGCAGCUUCUUCAGUUUAAAAUAGAAAAGGUGGAGGGGGUUUAUCUUCGCACACUCGUUUUCAAUCACUAUAGAACUAUCCUAAUCAAAAUUAAAACCCAUAUGAACAGGCAGUAAGAGGAUCAUUCGUUUCAAUUAAUUCUAAUGGGUCUAAUCAACAGUAGCAAGUAAAUACAAAAGGACUAGCAAAAUCCCAUAUGAUGAGAAAGAUGAAAGAGAUGAGGGAUCUUGAAAACAACGAAGCUAAACUGACCUUGCUAGAAAAUACCCUUAGCAUAGUAGAGUAAAACAGAGCCACUCUUGGGAAAGUAAAAAUAAUGAGUUCUUUGGAGAAAAAUAGAAUAGCCUUAAAUCUCAUCUCAUCUUUAAAGCAUUAAGAAGCUAACUAUAAUGAAAACAAGCAAAAAAAUAUCGCUAAAAAUAUCAAGUAUCAGCAGGAUGAAUUCAAUCGCUAAUUUUACAAGAAGUUCGGUCAAAACGAGGACUACGAAUCUAAUACGUAAAAUCUUAGAUCUCUAAACGCACAGUCUAGCUACAAUCCAACUGGUAAUAUCGGAGGGUCUAAAUUACUUUAAUCUUUAUAAGAUAUGAAAAACAGAAAUUCAAUGCAAAAAUCAAUGCAAAAUACCUCAGCAAAUCAUGCUAAAUAGAUGCUAGCUGAGAGUCUAGCUCUGUAGAGAUUCUAAGAUGAUAUGGAAAAUGAAUAGAAGCUUUAGCAUAAAGAUACCAAACAUCUGAAAAGAAAUGUUAGUGUAGAAAUUCUAAAGUAAAAAUAAAUGAGCGUCGGGGAUCCACUUACUCAUUUUGGAAUAAUGACACUUAACAAUAAUAUACCUUAUAAGAAACCGAUACUUAAAUCUAUGCCAGUCUUCGUAAACGCUAGAGGAGUGAUAUAAGACCUUGAGUAAAAUCAUGGGGGUCUUCAUUUCCUUAAAAAUAGUCCGAAUAAAAAUAAAGUGGAGGUUGGUUAAAAAGAAAAGCGAGUUAAGAACCUCAACAUAACUAAUUCCAACUUCAUUAGAAAGAACUUGAGGCGAGUGCAUUCUGCUAAGCCGAAAAAAUUUAGAAGUUUGCUUCAUAGUAGGAAUCCCUCUUCACCAAUAGCAAGCAGACCACUUUCACCUAAGUCAAUAUAGAAUACUCUUUCUCAUAGUAGAUUUUCCAGAAACUUUGAAAAUUCUGGAGGUCCACUCUUUUCUAAUUUAGAAUUAAAGUAGAGUAUAAAAAGAACCAUAGAUUACUGA